AUGGCAUCGAUCAACGAUCUCGCCACGGCCGCCACGGCGGUCUCGGCCCUCUCGCCGCCAGCGGCGGACCAGCAGCAGCAGCAGCCACCACCAACCCCGGCCGCCCCGACCGACGCCCCGGCGGCGGCGGACCCGGCCGUCGUCAGGGGCGCGCUGGUCGUGCUCGAGGGCCUGGAUCGGAGCGGGAAGACUACCCAGGUUAAGCUGCUGGAGCAGCGGUUCGUGGAGCUGGGGAGGAGGGUUAAGGUUAUGAGGUUCCCGGACAGGACAACACCAAUCGGGCAGAUGAUUGACGGCUACCUCAAGAGCCAAGUCGAGAUGGACGACCACGUCAUCCACCUACUCUUCAGCGCGAAUCGAUGGGAGGCAGCAAAAACCAUCACCGCCCUCCUCGCAGCCGGCACCACAGUGAUCUGCGACCGCUACUACCACAGCGGCAUCGUCUACUCGGCGGCGAAGCGCAACCCGGACCUGGGCCUCGCGUGGGCGCGCGGCCCCGAGGUGGGGCUCCCGCGCCCGGACCUGGUGCUCUUCCUGGACCUCGACGAGGGCCGCGCCCGCGCCCGCGGCGGCUGGGGCGCCGAGGCGUACGAGAGGGAAGAGACGCAGCGCCGCGUCCGCGAGCUGUUCUGGGGGCUCAGCUUGGGCGGGAUCGGGACCUCGGCUUCGGUACCCGGGGCGGAGGGGGCGCGGCGCGGAGGAGGUGGGGAGCCCGUUGCUGUCGGGGCUGCGACGGCGGAGACGCCGGUGGGCGCGGAGGUCAGGUUUAGGCAGGAGGAGGAGGAUUUGCAUGUUGUGGAUGCGAGCGCGUCGGUGGAGGAGGUGGCGGAGGAGGUGUGGAAGGUUGUGAGGCCGAGGGUGGAGGCUGUGGAGAGGGGCGAGGUUGGAAGAGUGGUUAGGAGGGUGAUGUGA